GCUCGGCGCGGCGCGGCUCGGCAUGGCGGGGCUGCGCUUCCCGCAGCACGGCGGCUACUGCCGCGCGGCUGCGGCCAUGAACCUCCUGCUCGGCGUUUUCCACGUCCUCCUACCCUGCUUUCGGCCCGGGGAGGCGCAGGGACAAGCCAUGGAGCCCAUCCCCGGCGUGGUGGAGCUAUGGCAAGCCGAGGAAGGGGAGCUGCUGCUGCCCGCCCAGGCUGAUUCGGAGGAGGAUGUGGAAGAGCAUCCACAAGAGCAAAGCUUCUCAGCAAAAAUGCCUCCUAAUGGGAAGGCCUUACAUUUUCACCCAUCAGUUCUGCAUUUUGGAAUGCAGUUACUGGGGUUACCCAGAGCUAAAAUGCUGCAUGCCUACAACCCUAGUAGAGAUAGAGAUGUUGUAGUCAAUUCAGUGUUUACAGCUACUAGACAGUUUCAUGUGUCUCCCGCUCAUAGCCGGGUGAUUCCAGCCAUGGGAAAGAUGUCUUUCAGAGUACUCUUCCUGCCCACUGAAGAAGGCAGCAUUGAAAGCUCAUUAUUUAUAAAUACCUCAUCUCAUGGAGUUCUUUCAUAUCAGGUUUUUGGAACGGGAAGUCUGAUGUCUUCUCCAGAAGAACCUAAAGUGCAGCUAGCAAAUGCCUACUUACUGCUUCCACAGAUUCAGAACAUCCAGGCAUCACACACACUGACAGAAACUAUGAAUGCUAGUCUAUUACGGGUUCAGCUUGAAUGCAGUUUACCUAAUGACACAUAUCAGCAAGUUAAGAGUUGCUGUUUUAUGUCUGAUGACCCAAUGCUGCUAGAAAUGAGCUUAACAGUAAGAGUGGAAAAUGCCCAGCAAGAUUUUGUGGAGCACAGACAAUACUUACUGGAGAAUCUUUUGAUAGUUUAUGUAGCAAUGGAAAGAACAAAGACCUCAGGUCAUUCAUCAGUAGAUGUGCAUAUCAUGCAUUCUGGAAACAGCCUGGUGCAUAUACAGGAAAUACGGCAGUUGUCACAAAAGUACAUAUCCCUUGUGGAGUUUGAUCCAGUACUGCUAUCCUCAUCAUCUACUAACUUCACAAAAGUUGCUUCUAUUUCUUGUAAAGCUGCAUCCUGUGACGGUGAAAGUCUUUAUUCUGACAACAGCAAGAACUAUCUUUUGAAAGGCACUACAACACUCAAAGCCUGUCUUUUCUGUCCUGUGAUGGAAGGGUAUUUUGAUGUAGAUCCUUCUGCAGUACUGUUUCAUAUAGAACCACAUCAUAAUACUUCAGGAUAUUGGUCCAUAUGGUUUACAAACAAUUUUUACUUCAGCAUUGAAUUGAAUGAGGUCUUCAUAGCCAGAGAAACAAAGAACCUAGUUAAGAUUCUGAACUUUGCUGAACCUCUGACUCUACCUCCAGGCUGCUGGAAUGUUUUUUCUUUGAAGCUCAAUGUGAAAGACACUGUAACAAAUGUGCUCUCUAGUAUUUGUUUGUCCACAAACGUGGGAGUGAUGUUCGAAAUACCUCUGCAGAUAUAUUCGACUGUGUCCAAGCAGGGAGAUCUUAAUUUUGAAGCAAUUGCCCACUGUGAUAUUCAGUGCUACUUGGGAAAGUCUGAUUCAGCAAAUCUGCUUUGGCAGAAGAGUCUCUCUCUGGACCAUUCUGCCUGGGACGUGGAUUCUGAGCUUGCAAGUGACCUUUAUGAAAGAUGGCAAAAAAUAAGACGUGGGGAAGCAUGCAGGAGAAAUAUUUUAGGAUCAGCUCGCUUUACUCAGCAGAAGAACUCUGAAGAGGAAUCCUUUGCCUUUUUCUUGCCACGGUUGACUACAGAGCCUGGCCUUACACUCAACUUUAAUGCCACAGCUGUUAAAAGUAGCAUGGUAAAAUAUUUCGUACUAAGAAACCCUUCAUCCUUCCCAGUUACGUUGCAGCUUCUGCCUCUUUCUUACUACCCUGAUCCCCAAGCUUCACUGAGUCUGCUGAACAAAUGGUUCGGGAUAAAUGUGCAAGCUAUCAACUUCACAACCACCGAAUUCAGGCUAAUGGAUGAAUGUUCUCACAGGAAUGCACAUCAAGAGGACCUCAUCAGCAAGAAAUGCAGUUCUGAGAUGCUUUGUUUAAGUUUACAGCCACUGGAAACCAGAAAAGUUGGUGUAAUUUUUACACCUCUUGAUUACAAAAGAGUAGCUUCCCUUAUUUUAAUCAGAAACAACUUAACUGUUCUGGAUGUUGUCAAUGUAGAAGGCUUUGGAGCCAAAGAAUUGCUUAAAGUGGGGGGAAGACUCCCAGGUGCAGGAGGAUCCCUUCGGUUUAAGGUGCCAGAAGCGACACUAAUGGACUGCAGACGACAACUGAAAGACAGCAAGCAAAUUCUAUCCAUUACGAAGAACUUCAAAGUAGAGAAUAUUGGGCCUCUUCCUAUAACAAUUUCAUCAAUGAAAAUCAAUGGUUACAGUUGCCAAGGAUAUGGAUUUGAAGUGUUAGACUGUCGGGAAUUUUUCCUAGCUCAAAACUCAUCACGAGAAAUCAGCAUUGUAUUCACUCCUGACUUUACAUCUUCAUGGGUAAUUCGUGAGCUCACGCUGGUGACUGCUGCUGAUCUGGAGUUCCACUUCACGCUCAACGUGACCCUCCCUCACCAUCUGCUACCGCUGUGUGCGGAUGUGGUGCCAGGGCCCAGCUGGGAAGAGUCUUUCUGGAGGCUCACUGUCCUCUUUGUAAGUUUGUCCCUGCUUGGAGUGAUUCUGAUAGCCUUCCAGCAAGCCCAGUAUAUUCUAGCAGAGUUCAUGAAAUCAAGACAGAGGCCAAAUCCUAGUGCUUCACCACAGCAGAACAGCAACUCUGUUGACAUAAUCAGCUCUGAUUCCUACAAGGGAAGCUGCAAGACAUUUAUGGAUUCCUAUAGUUCCUCAGAUAAAGGUAAAGGGAAGGGCUUCCUGUCUGUAGGCACUUCUUCCAGCCGAAGUCAGAGUGCGGCAAAGAGAAGUCCUGCGACCUACAGCCACUCUCAGAAGAAACACAAAUGUUCAGUUUACUACAGUAAGCAGAAACCAAACACAGCAGCUGGCAGUGCCAUUGCAGCUACUGAUGAGAAACAGAAUCAGAUUGCAGAGAACCAAACCUCAGCACCAAAAGAGGACAUUUGCACUGAUGUUGUCCGUGAGAACUGGGUAACUCUGAAAUAUGCAAAUGGCAUAAACGUCAACAAGAAUUUAACUCUUCCAGAAGACUUUCUGGGUAAAGAAGAAAGUGCACUGAAAAAUACAGUUCUCGUUAAAAAUACUUCUUCAGAGUGUGAUCUGAAGGAAGAUCUUCAAACAUGUAUGUUUCCUAAGGAAACUAACCUUAAAACUUCAGAAAAUCUAGCUGAGCACAAAGAACAGGAAUUCUGUUCUGUGAAGAUGUCCAAGAAGCUACCUGAAAGUCACUUGCCCAGAAAUUCACCUCAACAACAGCCAGAACUGCAAGAAAUAAGGAAAACUAGCGGGAAUAGCCAGCAAGUGCCUCUCAGGAAUGAAACAGAAAACUGCGAGACUUCAAAAAAGCAGAUCAACCUAAAGCCUUCCACAGAGAAAAAGAUUAGUAAGGGAUCCAAGGAAGAGACUCCAUGCUGUGCAAAAGAGGAGAUUACUUCUUCUGAGCAAGAAGAUGCAUAUAGAAAGAAGAAGCCUCAGGAUAAAAUGGAAGGAAAUAUACCAAAUAUGAAUUGGAAUAGAAAUAGAACAUCUAGGAAAAAUAAGAAGAAGAAUGUAAAUAUAUCCACAAGGGUCCCUGAGCAGAGUGAAUUGAAGCAUAUGUGCAGUGAAUUUGAAAGGCCGGAUCUGAGAGCGAAUAUUGGAAUAAGAGCCUGGUGUCCUCAGAACAACGGGGAAAAUUGUAAAGCAGACCAAAAAGCUGGGAACUUGUCCAUACAGGGAGAAACAGAAAACUUUUAUCAGCGGUCCAAAAAGAAGUGUUUGGAGAAGUUUUGUUCUGAUUCAAGCUCAGAUUGUGGAAGUUCGUCAGGAAGCGUUCGUGCAAGUCGAGGGAGCUGGGGUAGCUGGAGCAGUACCAGCAGUUCAGAUGGAGAUAAAAAGCCAAUGAUUACUACCAGGCAUUUUCUUCCAUCCAGAGAGAAUAUUUCACAAAAUGAUUUUCCAUCUGAAACUCCUAUCACUCUAAAUCUGUCUCAUAACAUCUGCAAUACCAGCAGAGACAUGAACAGCAUCCCCCCAUAUCCUGAGACCUUAUGUCCCAAUUUCACUGACAUAGCUGCAGAUCCUGACAAAAACAAAGGUCUUUACCCAACAGGAGACUUGUGGCCUGCCCAGCCAGUCUGCAUGACAAACAGUUUGAACUACAACCUUGAGAAUAAUAUACCAUGCAUGAUCCAAGAAACCCCCUCUGUCCACAACAGCUUCAUUGACUGGAAUGCAGCUUGUGACAGCCAGUUUUCCAACAUGUAUUGUCCACUAGAGAUGAAUGAAUAUGGUGCUUUCCCAGAAGAGAACAUGAACUACCCCAGUGGCUUCCCAGGUACUGCAGCAAUGCAGAACACAGCCUUCAUUGACCAGAACUGUCCCUCCACCUGGAAUGCUCCUCCCAACAUGCCACCUGCCUGGGAGCCUGCCAGUUAUGUCAACUCCACACCCUACCUCUCAAGCACCCGAAGCUUGUCUCCAAUGUCUGGACUUUUUGGUUCCAUCUGGGCACCCCAGAGUGAUGUUUAUGAGAGCUGCUGCCCCGUCAGUGCCACGACUCAACAUUCAACCCACGUGGAGAACCAGGCAGUUAUGUGUAAGCAGGAAUACUAUCCGAGGUUUAACCCUUUCCGUGCCUACAUGAACUUGGACAUAUGGACUACAGCAGCCAAUCGAAAUGCAAAUUUCCCACUUUCGAGGGACUCGGGUUAUUGUGGAAACGUGUGAAAGGAAUUUGAUUUAAAAAUGUGAAUAAAGAUGCUUGCAAUUUUGAUUACUAGAGUAAGCUGGUUGCUGGAUAGAUUACAAUGUUGGUGAAUAUUUUGGCACUUUUAUAUUGAAAAUAAAUUUUUUUUACUGAAGUCUCAGCAUUCAGUGCAUUUUAAAAAGCACAGCAUAUUCAGGAUGCUGUUUUUGUCAGGUGAAGGCUACAAAUUUGAAAUUCAAAUUUUUUAUCAUCAUCAAGGACAGUAUUAGUUCUUAAGAGCGUCCAUGAACCUGUACUGCACAUGUUUCUUCUGAAGUUUACAUUCUGUGGUAUAAACAAGGAAUGGUUUAGCAGUUGUAGGUACAAAUUUACACUCAUAAGUAAUUGCAUCCGUACCAAAUAGUAGCUGGGGACCUACCUGUUGAUGCAGAUCAGAGAGUUUCCAAAAGGUGUCAGUUCUAGUGCUGAUACAGUUGUUAGUGAGUGCAGACUUCAGGCAAUAGGAAAAAGGCUGAAUUGUGGCUUGUUUAUCUGGCUUCAAAUUGCAAGCUGUCACUUGGACAAUGUUAAGCUUGUGCAGUGUGGGUGAGUGGGCAUUUCUUCCAGGAACUUUUCUUGUGAGUGACUCCUGGCAUUUUGUGUUGUUAUUUUUAGCUUUCAUGUUGCAGUAGCAUUUUCAGUGCAUUUAAUUGCACUUGUUUAAAAUGCCAAAGCUUGAGCUGAAGGAAAUGUUUCUUUGAGAGCAGAGUUCACACCACUCUCCCAAACAGAAUGAUACUGUGCUGGCUUAUGUUAGGAGACUAAAACUGAGCAGCUGAGCAAGUGCUGCCACCCAUGCCAGGACUCAGUCCACCAUGAUGUCUCUGCUUACCCCUCCUGUAGAGCCUUUUCUCUGCAUGGCAGAGUGUGCCUGGACAUCAAAAGGAGGCAGAGGCAUCCCUUAGGUUCAGAGAUGUCCUUGGCACAAGGGCACUUGUCAGGCCUGAAGAGAGAGGUGAAAGUGGAUCCAGUAGCGGUUUUGUACAACUGCUUAAAGAAGAGCCAUAGAGAUGGCAGAACCAAAUUCAUGUUGUGAUGGCCACAGGCAUUACAGCAAGUGGCCGUGGUGAUGGAUUGCUCCAUGGGAGGUUGAACAUGAGGAAGAAUGAUGUCCCUGGGAGGGUGAUGCUGCAGGAGAACAGGUACCUCAACAGGUGAAGAGAUCUCUUCUUCAUGUUCAUGGCCUGGCUGAAUGAAGCCACAUGUGACCUGCUGUACUGGAGGUGGCAGUCCUUUUCCUCAUGGGAGGUCACACUGGAGACCAUCAGGGUCUAAACACUAUUUUGAGGAUUCUGCAAGCUUGAGCAAGUUCCUUACUUUUUGCUACCUGAUUUCAUCUUGCCUUUUGUUCACAGAGUGACUGAAAGAUAAGAGCUCUGUUUGACAGUAAGAAAUCAAGGCUGUUUUAUUUGUUUUUAUUCAAAGACAGAGCAGAAAAGGCACUGCAAAAUAGUUCACAGCCUGCAUGCAAGGCUACUCAGUAAUCUGAGCUCUCAGACCUAAAUUCUGGCCCUGCUAUUCUCUUUCAUUGCUGAGCUAUCAGACCAGCUCCUUUAUCUUGCUGGUUUCAUCCAGAAAUGCCAUCCCAGGGCUUGAAAUAUUGUAGCCAAAACAGCAAAUUUCCACAAAAGGUUUGUUUCAGUAAAUCAGUAGUUCCUGCAAAGUAAGCUUUGUUGAAAGUUACUCUGCCAACUAUGCUUUCACGAGUGUUUGGGUUAGCUCAGAAGGUAGUCAGGCAGUGGUUGGGAAAUUCAAAAGCUCCUACAUUUACCUGCUCUAAUUGCUUGUGUGGAAGGUGCUCCAAAGCCUUCCUUUGGUUUCAAUGUCAGAAAAAUGGGAUCGUUGCUGAAUGCUUCUCUGAACUGUGGUGUUUUAAUUGCUUGGUCAGGAAUUAGCACCUGGGUCUAUGGCUGCUUUCCAUGAUGUGUUGUGCUGGGCAGGAAUCUGUUUGACUCGAGUUUAAUCGUAAUUGCUUGUGAUUCUGAAGGGAAGUUCACAUGUUCCUAUGAACUUUGAUGCUCCUGAAAAUGGUACUAAGCCAUGAGAAGUAGUCAUAACCACUGACAUGCUUUCUGUGCACCUCUUGCCUAUGGUAAGAGACUUCAGGAGGAAUAGAGUGGGAGUAUAAACCCAAUAAAUACAGAUUUAAAAAAGAAA